GACCCCACAAAACUCCCCGUUAUCCCCCACCCGGACAAUCUUCCUUCAGGCUUCAGCUGUCCGCCCGCGGCCCACCCCUCCGCCGUCUCCACCAUUCCGCCGUUCCCACCACGCCACUCGCCAGUUCGGCACUCCCUCCUGUCUCCCCCCCUUGCCGAGACGGCGCGGACGCCCCGUCGCCCACCCCGAUGGCUGCCACUCUCCUCCACGCCGCCACCGCCUCGCUCCAGAGCUCCUCCCAGCCCGCACGCGCGGGCGCCGCCACCGCCUUUCACCCCCUCGCGUCCACCCCAUCCAUACGCCUCGCGCGCUCCUCGUUCUCGUCCAAUCGCCGCCUCGAGGUUUCACUCCGGGCGGUUUCGGCCGGUCACUGUUUCGCGGGGAGGGGAGCACCCCGGGGCCGCCGCGUCGUCGCCGCCCUAGCAGGGGAGCAAACUGAGGGUUCAGAGGUGGGCGAUGACAAGGAUAACAGCAACGAGGAGAUAAAGCCCGAGGAGGCUCAGGAAGCUUGGAAGGUAAUGCUGGAGCAGUUCAAGGCUGAGGCCCUGCGGAUGCAGGCCCUGUCAAUGCAGGCAUAUGAUGUCUACUCCAAGAGGGCGAGGGAGGUCUUGCUGGAAGCCUCUGAGAAGCUGAAGAUACAGGCAGACAAAGCACAAAAGGACCUCAGCGUGAUCGCUACCGAGGUUAGUCAGGAGGGACAGGAAUAUCUGGUGAUGGCAGCUCGGAACUCCCCAGACUCGAUCAAGGAUAUUACAACAACGUUCAGGGCUCUUGGGAGAUUGAAUUGGCCAUCAGAGUAUGAGGAUUAUCAUGUUGGCAUUCCGUUUGGUACCUUUCUUACAGUAGGGGGUUUCCUCAACUUCAUGUUGACUGGAAGUACCUCUGCUCUUCGUUUUGGUAUUGUUCUUGGCCUUGCACUGUUGACUCUAGGUAUCUCAAGUUUGAGAUCACAUAGAGAAGGCGACCGUCGGCCUCGUCUUUUGGUGAAAGGGCAAGCUGCAAUAGCUCUUGUCAUCUUCUUCAGGGAGUUUUCAGUUCUACUCCAGAAUGGUUGGUUCCCAAAAAUCUUCAUUGUUCUUCUCAGUGGAGUGGUGGCAGCAUUUUACUUCUAUCGCAUUGCAACUGGUAACCCCAAAGAUCUGAGCAGCAAGAAUGAUUCAGCGAAUUAAUGCUUAAAUCGUAUCUCAUGCAGCACUGGGACGAGUCAGAUGGUCAGUGGGACGUAGACCCAGAAGAUUAUGGUCUCUUCCUUUCCAUUUUCUUCAUCGGCCUUCAAUUGAGGCAAAGCUCGGUCCUAGCGUCUAAGAUGUCUGCGUGAUGAUACAUGGAUUCAAAAGAAUUGUUUGCUUAUCUGGCCCACUUCCCGCACUCCUUUGUUCCUUUACUCGUGUAAUAUACUCCGAUGUCAGGCCCGCUUAAACAACAGUAAUAAACGACCUUCGAAGGUCAUGUAGUUAUCAGUUC